GAUGUUGCUCAUUGAACCAUGUGUGUUUGACAUCACGUACUGCUAGCGCAUGCACAGCGCGGCAAGCUUAUUACCAGACCGUUGCCUGCCUCCGCUGUCACUGCUGCUCCUUCGUUCUCCACUCGCAUCUCAUAACAUUAACCCAUUAAGUACACAGUCAAGCCCGGCCUUCACUUUGCUGGCAAACGGUACAAUGACGAUCAUGGCAGCGACGCAAGUAAGCAGCGGUCAGGAAACAGUUCCUCAUCAAAUGCCCGCUCAGCAGCAACCUCCGUUGAAAUCUUGUAUGACGAGUCCACCGCAAACCAUCCCUAUGAAAGAUCAUGAUGCUAUCAAGCUUUUCGUCGGUCAGAUUCCAAGGAAUCUGGAAGAGAAAGAAAUUCGGCCCAUCUUUGAAGAACACGGCCGCAUCUACGAGCUGACGAUUUUAAAAGACCGUUAUACCGGCAUGCACAAAGGUUGUGCCUUCUUGACAUACUGUGAUCGUGAGAGUGCUAUUCGAGCACAGACGGCUCUCCAUGGACAGAAAACACUACCAGGGAUGAACCGCCCGAUGCAAGUCAAGCCGGCCGACAGUGAAAGCAGAGGAGAGGACAGGAAGCUGUUUGUGGGUAUGCUAAAUAAACAUCACUCUGAUGAAGAUGUGCGUGCAAUGUUCAGCCGAUUUGGCAAGAUUGAUGAGUGUACCGUUUUACGUGAUGCUAAUGGCGUCAGUCGAGGGUGUGCAUUCAUCAAAUUUAACUCAAGGAAGGAAGCAUUGGCAGCCAUUAAUAACAUCAACGGAACUGUGUCUAUGCCUGGUUCCUCUACAGGCCUGGUGGUGAAGUUUGCUGAUACGGAAAAAGAAAGACAAAUGCGUCGUAUGCAGCAGUCUGUUCCUGCUGGGCCAGUAUCGGGAUUCUUCAGUCCAACAUUGUCCAUUACUCCAAUGGGAGGAUUAGGAGCUUACGGUGCAUAUGCACAAGCUUUCAUGCAGCAGCAGGCAGCAUUGAUGGCUUGUGGACAAACCAUGGCAACAGCAUACAUGAAUCCAAUGACUGCAGCUUUGUCUGCGGCCCAAGUCCAACAGAUGAAUGCGGUUGCUGCUGCUAAUGGCUUCACUGCAGGAACCACUACUAUGACACCUACCGCUAGUGACUUUGCAUUUGCAACUCCAGGGACAGGCCAAGCCACAGUAAAUUGCACAACACCUUCUUUGCCAUCACCUACCAUGCCAACUUACACCAUGGCUCUACCUGCUAAUGGCCAGAACAGUGAAGCUGUCUACACCAAUGGUAUACAUCAGUAUACUGGAGAGUAUGCUCAGGCUACUGCUGCUGCUGCUGCUGCAGCUACUACUGAUCCAUUGCAGCAGGCAUACACUGGGAUGCAACAAUAUGCUGCUACCUAUCCCAAUGCCUAUGGGCAACUAGCCCAGGGAUUCCCUGCCCAGCAGACAACAGUCAUGCAAACCCCUCAGGCUAGGGAGGGUGAGUAUGCCACCGUCAUCACUAAAGAGCAACGUGAGGGAGAUUCACAUUUAUACAACGUACCUGACAAUGGCACUGCUGUGAUGUCUCCUGUCCGCUUCUCUCUUGCUGGUCCUGAAGGCUGCAAUUUAUUCAUCUAUCACUUGCCACAGGAAUUUGGUGAUGCUGAACUGAUGCAGAUGUUCCUGCCCUUUGGCAACGUCAUCAGUUCCAAGGUCUUUGUUGAUCGCUGCACUAAUCAGAGUAAAUGCUUUGGAUUUGUGAGCUUUGACAACCCGAAUAGUGCACAGACUGCCAUCCAGACCAUGAAUGGCUUCCAGAUUGGCAUGAAACGUCUCAAGGUGCAGUUGAAGCGUCCCAAGGAUGCUAACAAACCCUACUAGCUUCACCUGGGCCAGUUGAUUUGCCACAGGUAAACUGCAGCUUGAAUGUGGACUGUAAAGAGCAGCAGCAUCAUCCAUGACAAAGAACUCCAAACAUGCUAAUUUAUCACUGAAUCUACAACUGCUGAAGUGAUGGCAAAACCACGGGUAACUGAACAUGCCAAUUAACGAUUCAAGAUUGAGACAAGGCAAACAUACAGAACAUGUUAUACCCCCUUUUUUCCCUCUUUAAUUUAAUUAUUUGAAAAUAGAUUCAACACAUAUUGCAAACAGGAAUUAGAUGAGUCAUUAAGGAAUGGUCUCACCAACUCCCACCUUAUUGAAAACUUCAAGUAUGUCGUUAUAGUGAACUUCAUUAUUUGAAGUAGUCCUCACAUAUUUCUUCAAAAAUUGCCAUUUGCGCCAAAUACGCAAGUGCUGGCUAACAUUGUUGUAUGAAUUCUGAUUGAAAAAGAGUCAUCUAAUAUCUGUAAGGUCUUUCAUUUUAUGCCUCAAAACAUACUGGGGUUGUCAUGCAAGGAGGGUAGUAAACAUAUAUGUAGUCAAUAGUAGGCAGUCCAAGAAGUAUUUCUUUCCAGCUAAGUUUGGGAGUUGAACAGACUUUUUGGCUUGCAUGGACAGCCAAUUAUAGAGAGUUUUAAAUGUCAGGUAAUCGUAUUGAGUGCCCAUUUAUGUACUAUCAACUGAUAGUUGUUUUUUACUUUUCUGCAUGACUUUUUUUCCCAUGUGGCCGGGUUUGAUAUAUUAUGUGUGAAUUUAUUGACUGUUCAACUUAAAUCAUAACGACAGCAAUAGUCUGCUUCCUUGAGAUUUAGAAAAAUUUGAUGAUAUCCAAUUCAAUUUGAAUGUUACAACUGUGUUUUCUGUACUAUUCCAUCCGUCCAGAAUUUCACCUUUGUUUCCUGUGAAUUCAAAAGGCUUGGUUAGACCAGUUAAUUCAAAGGUGCAAUUUAUGGCAGCAUAUACAUAUUUUUGAGAAAUUGUAUUUAUUUUUAAAUUCAUGUUUCUGUGCCCAUUUUAAAAAGACCAAAUUUGAGAUACACGAGUGAUGUGUGCAAUAUCAUGUUAACACACUUUGUGAAGUUUUGAUGGAAUGAUUUCUUGUCAUCAAUUGUGGUUCUUAGUGGGUUUAAUUUAAACAUGUCACUUAACACGUAUGUCAUUCUUUGGAAAAUGUUACUAGUAAUGAGGCGUUGGUGCCUGAAAUGUUAAAUAUGGUUUAGAAUUAAAUUUUCCAGACUUUGUAUUCAUACCCUAGUAUCCAGAAUCUAUUCAAAAUAAUAUCCAUUCAGAAAUCUUACUUGUAUUCGUGGUGUGGAUUCAGUGUAUAGUUGUGGCUUGGGAGUGCUGCAAUGGGUUCAUUACUCAAGCCAACACAGGUUUAUAUAUGUUUAUAAUUUGAAGUGCAAUAUUUGGUUUUUCAAAAUGUAGGAAAAGAAUUGUUGAAAUAGUAAAAACCAUGUAACUACCAUAAGUGUACCACACAUAAGUUGAAUGAUUGCACAUUGACAUGGACGGGUAACAAAGCUUUAAAUGUGUGGUAGCAAACAGUGAUCUACAGUCAUCCAAACACAGUGCAUGCCUUGCUGUUUCAUUUCGAAAUCCUGUAUUUGUCACAUGUACCAUUUUAAAUGAUGAAGUGAGAAAGAGUGCAGGGGAAAUUGGCAAUUAUGAAUUACUGGACUGUGACCAAAGAUGUUCAUUCCUCAUUGACAAUUGCAUUCCAGUAAUGGUACUGUUGUUUGUAUUAGUUGGCAUCGCUGAGAAUAAGAGACAUCAGAAGGAUGUUUUAAGAGUAACAUUUUUUCAUAACAUUAGAACUCAGUGAUAUAAACUAGAAGUAUUUUCAUUUGGAAGUUUUGUACUUAAACAUUAUUUAUAACAAUAUUAAUUCAAAAUUAUGUUCUAAACAACACUUAUAUAGUAUUGUUUAUUUAUCCAUUAGUUCAAUUAUUUAUACUGCUCUUUCUUGGAUAUGAAAUGAUUGUACUUGAAAGAAGUACUUAAUCACAACAUGUUGACCAUUUUGUGUAUACCUCUACUUAAAAACAAAUAGUCGAUUAAGAAAACAUUUGAAUAAAAGUUGUUUUAAUUAUUAAACUUGUUUUUGGAUACCAUGGUAAACAUCAUGAACAGAGUUUAGAAUAUAAUGUUUACUUUAUUGAAGAAUGGUAAAAUAGUAAAUCAGUUCAUAAUAGUUGUAUAUCAAUUAUGUGCAUGUCCUAUGGAUUUAUGUGCAUGUCCUAUGGAUUCGUGAUUAAUUCAGUGUUUUAUGUUUGCUAUUGGCACUGUUUCAUAUGCUGAUUACAACUCCUGCAAUUUCACUGCCAGACAAGCUGCUUUGCGUUUUUUGUUUGUAUUAAUUUUGACAAGUAUUUAUUAUAAAACGUAACAGUAUGAGUUUCAGUUGGCAAAGAUUGUGUUUAUAACAUGAAUUAUUAUUGUACCUCAGAUGAAUUGCACACAAAAUGUAAAACACAGUAAAGAGCACCGUAAUAUAUAAAAUGUAUUUAACAGGUCAGAGGACUUGUAGUACUUAUUUAUUUUAAAACACAUUUAUAUUUAUCAUUAUGAAGAGUUAACACAGCGAAAGAAUUGUAGGUAUCAAUGCUUAUUUAAGAGUAGUAUGACUUAAUUUAAAAGUCUAAAUACAUUUGAAGUAAGACUUUCUGCAUGUACAUAUUGCUGAGUAAUAGUAUACAUGAUUCAAAACGACUUAAUUCAUUUGUAGAAUAUAGGUUAAGUAGAGAGAUGAACCAAGGCAGUAGGUAGCAUUUACUGGUCUAAAAGCAGGCUGUACUUGCCUUUCACUAUCUGUAGUAAUAGGCCUAUAUCAAAGUAUAUUGAGUAGAAUUAAUUAAAUUUAAAGUAGGACAUGGAAAAUAUUAUGCUAUUAUGUAGACAGGUAACUGCAUAUAAGAUUAAUAAGCUUUGUAUUUCUUGAUAUCUGCACAGUGUGAGUUGGGAUCGUACAUUUUCAUUCACUUUGAAUACAAAGUUUUUUACCAAACUUUUGGGAUUAAAUAAUAACAGAGACUUAUAAUGAUAUGCCUUUAUUUUUUAACAUCACGUGUAAUUCUGGAAUAUAUGUAUUAAAUGUUGACCAAUUUUGAAAUUCUUUGUGGUGGUUGUGGUACACCAUAUCUAAGAUAUUUUAAAUGGUGAAAAUAGUUUGUGAUCUUCUUAACUUGUGCCCAUGUCAUCCAUUAGUGUUCAAUGGUUAAUGGUGGUGGUGGUUGUGAUGGUUGUGAUGGUGAUUAAUUGUGAUGGUUAAUGUAUUGCACAUUUGAGUAACAGUGAUCCAGGCCAUGCCUCAGUUGUUCAUCUAUUGUCGUUGAAUGUGACAGACUCUUCAUUCACUGUGGCUUUUGAGGAAACAAUUCCGAUUUCCAAUUUUGAUAAGCACAAGCAGUGUAAAACUAAACUCGUAGCAGCCUCAAUUGUCUACCGUAAUCCUUGGACAAAGAUAAUUGUUUUCACGAGCAGACAGCAGUAAUGGUGGCCAAUCUAUCCAAUUUUGAGAACUUGUUUAUAAUGGUUAGUGUACAAACUCACUGAAUAAGAGACUGGUUCCUGAGCAGCUGGAGCCAAAUUGUGUUUGUAAAGAAGUUGUUUUUCCUUUGUAAAAAUACAAUCUAAUGGUAUUAUGCUAAAGAGCUUUUGAUACUCUAUACUUUUUUAACAUUGUAGACAUGGAAAGUACAGAUCCAACUUACAGUGUGCAGAGAAUAGUAAUAUAAUAUAAGAGUUAACAUAUGAUAUUUAGAAAAGUAUUUAAUAAUCACAAACUGUAGUCAUAUUCGCAAACAUGUAGUUUAUAGUAAUGUAGUAGAUGUAAUACACAGAAAUCGUUAAGUAUACAAGAUUAAUUAAAAAAAAAAAAAGCAAGAAGUGUACAUUGACAACUAAAUAGUGGCUAUAUGGGGAUUGUGAAAGUCUGUAAAUUCUCAUCAAAUUAGCCGUUGUCUGAAGGGUGUUAUUUCGGGGUCCGCCUGGUAGUCCGAAGGUUCCAUAGUCCGAAGCUUUAUUGAUCCAAAGGUUCCAUAGUCCCUAUAUACAUGUACAAACAUUUCCCAUAACCGGAGGUUCAUCAGUCCGAAAAUGAAAUAAGGUUAGUUAAUCCAUGGAGCUUUAUAGCUCCAUGGUUAAUCCGAGCAUUUGAUGUGAUAGUCCGAAGGUUCGUUAGUCCGUCUGUACUGACCAGGACCACUUGUGGGGAACGGUACCCCACAAGUGAAAUAUUUAGAAAAAGAGAUAAAAGGACAACAAUGCUCCUUCCCCACAAGUCCUGCCGGUGAAGUCGGACGAACGAACCUUCGGACUAUCAAACCUUCGGUCAAUCGAGCGGUCACCGUUAUUUCAGUUAAAAAUAUAUAAAUGUAAUACUCACAAUAAUGGAGUUGGGUUUGGCAGUGUUUGAGUACUAUGUUUAGAAUACCAUCGACAGGUGGAGGGAAAAAACAAUCCACAGAUUUCAUUGAGAUGGUUGACAAUACUUUCCUCUACCGUAAUAUCGCAUCUGGAAGUGACUCGAUAUGACAACUGCUGACUGGUUGAAACAAACAGGUGUAUGUGGAAAUUAAUAACCAUGUGGCAUUUAUCAUGACACGCCUUAUGAUCUAUACAAGCUGUGUCAGCUUUGAACAAAUAAGAUUGUAAACAAAUGUGCGUAUGAAGAAUGAUUCGUUUUAUUUUAUAAGUCACCAUUGAAUGUAAACAUAAAAAAAUCACGAAUUUUUCCUUUGUUCAAAGAUAAAAGUAACGACUUAAGAAAAUGAAAUAAAGCACACAGCACAGCAUCGACAGCA